UCUCUGGUUCUCUCGAAUAUUUUUGUGAUUCUCUCUAUAUGAUCUCUUGUCUUCCUUGAUUUUAUUUUCUUUAUAGUUCUAUUGUAUAAAUUGGAUGAGAAACCUAAUGUUUUUAUGUGGGUGUUGUACAGAUCUGUCCUUUGGAGCAGCUCAAUUUUGGUGCCUUUACGUCACACGAGGAAUCACUCGGUUCUUGAUUCGCGCCGCCGUCCGGCAGGAGCAGGCACCCUCGAUGUAUGUCGUGCCGCCUCUGCCUCCUCCACGCCACAACAUCCGUUCUACCCCCGCAUCGCAGCCGCUGGUUCGGAAGGAGUGGCCGGUGCCCGACGGGAGCAGCGCAGCCAAGGAUCGCAUGGCCUCCGCGUGUUGUGCGUUCCAGCGACCGGUCGGGCUCUCGUCGUCGUGCACAUCUCGGAUGCGUUGUGCUCGUCUUGCUGGCCUACUCCGUCUCUUCGUUGUCACCUACGACGCUGGCCUGCAGACUAGCAGUCUACCCUCCUCUGCUUUUUCUUCUUCAGAUACCAGCAGGAAGUUGCAGCCGGUGGUGGUGUCCCUUGGCAAUGACGAGAGGAACAAAUGAUGGAUUCUUCAAGAAAAUCCUAGCUAAUAGUUAUAUAGAUAUGUACUUCCAAUACAAUUCAUGUAAUCUCACCAGAACUAAUUAAUAAUAUAGCCCCCUUUGCUCUGA